GCCAGUGUCACAAUUUUGCUUUCCUCGUGGACAAAUUUGUUCUUUAAAAAAUUCCUUUCUUUAAAUUGAGUGUUUUUAUAACAAAAUAUGGAUGAAAAUGAAGAUGAUAUGUCAGAAAGUAAUGAAGAUUCAAAUGUGGGAAGUAAUGAAAAACCCAUGCACUUAUGCUUGGGUGCCUUUACUGAUAGACAGAUACCUACCAUCAGAGGCCCUUUUUCUGCAGCUUCAACCCAAAGGAAAAUAAAAAAGAUGCGGGAUUUGGCUGAAGAACUCAGCAUUCAUGCGAAAGUUCAAACCAUCUUAUGCUAUGUAGCACCGAACAAAAAAAUUCCAACCAGAUUUUUAGAAUCUUUUGGAGAACAUGCUGAUGGGUUCUUGUAUUCCACAAAGCUGGGAGAAAAAGUUUACUCGACAUUAGAUACAGCUACUAAAACAUGGAUUGGACCUUAUUCUGGGAAAAAACCUGAAAAGAAACAUGUUACUUAGAAAACCAUGGAUUCAGUCAUUGAUGAAAAUGACAAAAAUACAGCAGAAAUUGCAAGAAAUG